ACUUCAGUAUUUCAUUUGGAUAUGUUCAUAAGAAAAAUCGUGAAAACUGCUAGCAGUCGCUAACCAACCCAGGAAUUGUGCAAAAGUGUAAAUUACUUAAAGCUAAACCUUUUGUUUUAUAAGUGAUAUGAACAUUUCGCGAAAGUGCAAAAUAAUAAUAUUACCAUGUAAAAAAUAUAAACAAAAAAAAAACACAAUAUUAAAUUUACAUGGUUGUUAAAAUUCGUUUGAAAAUAAAACCGAACAUUCUUAAAGAGUGGCGAAUCGUCCAAGCAACUAGCAUAAAACAAAGAUGUUGGCAUAAAUAAAUACACAGAUAUAGAAUUUAAAUAUAAAGUAUACAAGUAUACUAUUUUUUGAAUUUAGCAAGAUUAAUUUGUUGCCUUUAGAAUUUUUGAAAUACAUAUGUAUUUUUAAAUCAAAAAAACAAAGCAAAGUAGGUGAUUUGGGCAUUAUAAGAUAAAACACUUUUGACAAAUGGUUGUUUUAUAGCUAUCGACACAACCAUAAAUAAGUAAUCAUGGAAAGUAGUAAAGAAACUUGAAUACUUCUAGAAAAAGAGAGAGAUACAAUUUUCAAACGAAUGGUUCGAUUUUAUUCGGGAAUAGUUUCAGUGUAUUAGCUUUUUGAACAACUCCAAUUAAAUAAAAUUUUUAUACUCUGAACAGAGUAUAUUAAGUUUGCCACAAAGCUUGUAACACCCAGAAGGAAACGCCGGAGACCCUAUUAACUAUAUAUUGGGUUAAACCUGAUGAUAACACAACGAAGCCGGCAAAGUGAGGCAAAAACAACAAUUGUAAGCGAGUGCAAUGCAAUACAAGCGCAGCAGCUGUAGCUAUAACAACAAUAACGUUUGCACAAAUUCGGUUGUACAAAGUACGGUGGCAGCGUGACAGCGCUAAACGUCAGCGGUGGCGAUCUUCCAGAACACCAUACAUUAUCAAAAAUUCGGUAUAAAUAGCUGAUUCGAAUGCAAGCUGAAAGUAUACGACAACACACUACAGUCGAGAAAUGAGAAUCUUUGCUUUCGUGAGCUUCUUGUUGGGCCUACUGGUUGCCGUAAGCGCCCUACCAUAUCCCAUGCCUGAGCCCUUGCCAGGCGGUGGCGGUGGCGGUGGUGGCGGCGGCGGCCUCUGUGGAGGAGGUGGCGGCGGCGGCGGUGGUGGUGGAGGCGGUGGCGGAGGUGGCGGUGGCGGCGGUGGUAGCUGCUAAAUAGAAUCAUACACACACUUACUUGCACAACCUCCAAGCUGAAACUAAUUUUCGGCCGUGACUGUACGCACUCAUUUCCCUAGACAAAAUUACAAUUAAAUAAAAAUUGUUGGAAAACUCAAA